AUGCUGGCCAAUGUGCUUGAGAAAGCGAAAGCUGGCGAGCUGAUACUGCUCAUCGGCUUUGGCCAGGGCUGCGAUGCACUGGUGCUGCGUGCUGGCGAGGCGAUUGCCGGGUUCAAGCCGGCACGUGGCGUCAGUGGCGCGCUGGCAGAUGCACAGUCACUCGACAGCUAUAUGCGUUUGCUGGCGAAUGAAGACGGCGUUGAACUCGAAUGGGGCAUGCGUGCCGAGAAAAACACCAAGACCGCACUGACCGAGCAAUACCGUUCGCGCGACCAGGUGGCCGGUUUUGUAGCCGGCAAAUGCCCGCACUGCGGCACCAUACAGUUCCCGCAACUGGCGUAUUGCGUGAACCCCACCUGCCAGAAAAUCGCCGACGGGUUUGAACAGGUGCCGCUGCGCGACGUGCCCUGCAAGGUGCUGACCUAUACCGCUGACUGGCUGUCGUACCACCCUGCCCCGCCACUUUACGUGGGCUUCGUGCAGUUCGAGAACGGCGCGCGCCUGCUGAUGGAAACGGUGGACAUCCACACCCAGCAGCUGGAGGUAGGCACGCCGCUGCGUGUCGUCUUCCGCAUCAAGGAAAUUGAUCGAGGGCGCGGCUACCGCCGCUACUUCUGGAAAACAACAACCAUAUGA